GAGCAGAAGUAUUUAAAAUACAUCACAUCAGAAGCUGGAAGGCUGCAAAGUACAAGCCGUCCAGUGCAGUCCGUAGAGACUGUUUCCGCCGUGCAAAAACCUGGCAGGCGAAACGUAGCGACGAAUUUCAGUUGCAGAAGAGGAAGAGCAUCACCUGCAGUCCAAGGCGUGGGAAAAGCUGUCGGAGGCAGCCUGAAAGAAAGCCAGCCAGAGAGGUGCGCACAGCGGGAUACCGGGACCACUCAGAUGCCGGGUGCCAGGAACGCCGCCUUUGGCGAAGACCCGGAGACGCGGCAAGGUAGAGAGAGGUCAGACCCUCGGCGGUAGAGACGGCUGCGACAGGCGAGCCCACUGCAGUCUCCGGACCCGCUGCCGCGACUGCCGUAGUGGCUGACCCCGCCGGAGAAUCCUGUCCCAGCCGCGGGGCGAAGGGGAGGCGGGGCGCUGACGUCACCAUCCCCUCCCCCCACGUCCUCCAAGAGGGAGGGAGUGGGGAAAGAGGCAGUGAUCCGCCGCAGCUCCCGGCCGCAACUCCUUAACUCGGCUGCUCGCUGCCUGGACAUGUCCUGACAAACUUGGCUUCUCUUCGGCCCUCUCUCUAAAGCUCGCGCACUCUCUUAUUGCCUCCUUUUUGUGCUCAAGUUUCACCCUGGACGGAAGCCUCUGGAGAUGCGGCCACCUGGAACCGGGCAGCGCGGGCGUAUCGCACUCUGGUUGGGGAUAUGCUGAAGAUCGGAGGAGGCAAAGUUGGUACUUUCAGACCCGGUUCUUAAAUAUCCAAAACGCGUGAGGAUUACGGAGCUGCCAGAGAUUUAAAGCAGAGCAUCGAGGACUGGGCUUGGACUGGUUCCUGAGAGUUACGCGAUGGGGAGACAUUUGGCCCUGCUUCUGCUCCUGCUCCUUUUCCUCCAGCAUUUUGGAGACAGUGGUGGAAGCCAAAGACUUGAACAGACUCCUUCUAUCCAGUUUACACAUUUCCAGUACAAUGUCACUGUGCAUGAAAACUCUGCAGCUAAAACCUAUGUUGGGCAUCCUGUAAAGAUGGGUAUUUACAUUACCAAUCCUCUGUGGGAUUUAAGGUACAAAAUUGUCUCAGGAGACAAUGAAAACUUGUUCAAAGCUGAAGAGUAUGUUCUUGGAGACUUUUGCUUUCUCAGAAUAAGGACCAAAGGAGGAAAUACAGCUAUACUUAACAGGGAAGUAAAAGACCAUUACACAUUGAUAGUCAAAGCAGUUGAAAAAAAUACUAAUGCUGAAGCACGAACCAAGGUCCAGGUGCAAGUGCUGGAUACAAAUGACUUGAGACCGUUAUUCUCACCAACCUCAUACAGUGUUUCCUUACCUGAAAACACAGCCAUAAGGACCAGUAUUGCAAGAGUCAGUGCCACAGAUGCAGACAUAGGAACUAACGGAGAAUUUUACUACAGUUUUAAAGACCGAACAGAUGUGUUUGCUAUUCAUCCAACCAGUGGUGCAGUGGUUUUAACUGGUAGACUUGACUACACAGAGACCAAGCUGUAUGAGAUGGAAAUUCUUGCUGUGGACCGUGGAAUGAAAUUGUAUGGUAGCAGUGGUAUCAGCAGCAUGGCCAAACUGACAGUUCAUGUAGAACGGGCGAACGAAUGUGCGCCUGUGAUAACAGCCGUGACAUUAUCACCAUCAGAACUGGACAAGGACCCAACAUAUGCAAUUGUAACAGUGGAUGACUGUGAUCAGGGUGCCAAUGGGGAGAUAGCGUCUUUAAGCAUUGUGGCAGGUGACCCCCUUCAGCAGUUUAGAAUAGUGAGGUCCUCUCCAGGGAGUAAAGAAUAUAAGGUCAAAGCAACUGGUAGCAUUGACUGGGAGAGUCAUUCUUUUGGCUAUAAUCUGACACUACAGGCUAAAGAUAAAGGGUUUCCUCCCCAGUUCUCUUCUGUAAUAGUAAUUCAUGUGACUUCUCCACAGUUCAAAGCUGGGCCAGUCAAAUUCGAAAGGGAUAUUUACCGAGCAGAAAUAAGUGAAUUUGCUCCUUCCAACACACCUGUGAUCAUGGUAAAAGCCAAGCCUGGUUAUUCCCAUCUGAGGUAUGUUUUUAAAAGUACACCUGGAAAAGCUAAAUUCAGCCUAAAUUACAACACUGGUCUCAUUUCCAUUGUGGAACCAAUUAAAAGGCAGCAGGCAUCCCAGCUUGAACUUGAGGUAACAACAAGUGACAGAAAAGCCUCCACCAGAGUCUUGGUUAAAGUCUUAGGUACAAAUAGCAAUCCCCCCGAAUUUACCCAGACAGCGUACAAAGCAUCUUUUGAUGAGAAUGUGCCUGUUGGCACUAGUGUCAUGAGUGUGAGCGCUGAGGACCCAGAUGAGGGUGAGAACGGAUAUGUGACUUACAGUAUUGCAAAUUUAAAUCAUGUGCCAUUUGUGAUCAACCACUUCACUGGUGCUGUGAGCACUUCAGAAAAUCUGGACUACGAAUUGAUGCCUCGUGUAUAUACCCUAAGGAUCCGAGCAUCAGACUGGGGCUUACCGUACCGUCGGGAAGUUGAAGUUCUUGCCACAAUUACUCUCAAUAACUUGAAUGACAACACACCUUUGUUUGAGAAAAUAAAUUGCGAAGGAACAAUUCCCAGGGAUCUAGGUGUGGGAGAACAAAUAACUACAGUUUCUGCUAUUGAUGCUGAUGAACUUCAGCUGGUACGAUAUCAGAUUGAAGCUGGAAAUGAACUAGAUUUGUUUAGCUUAAACCCCAACUCUGGGGUACUCUCAUUAAAGCAGUCGCUGAUGGAUGGCUUAGGUGCCAAAGUAUCUUUUCACAGUCUGAGAAUUACAGCUACUGAUGGAGAAAAUUUUGCCACACCGUUAUAUAUCAACCUAACCGUGGCUGCUAGUCGCAAGCCAGUGAACUUGCAGUGUGAAGAGACUGGCGUUGCCAAAAUGCUGGCAGAGAAACUGCUGCAAGCAAAUAAAUUACACAGUCAGGGAGAGGUCGAGGAUAUUUUCUUUGAUUCUCACUCUGUCAAUGCUCACACACCACGGUUCAGAAGUACUCUUCCAGCGGGUAUCGAGGUAAAGGAAAACCAUCCUGUGGGUUCUGACGUAAUUUUCAUGAAUGCUACUGACCUUGACACUGGCUUCAAUGGAAAACUGGUGUAUGCUAUUUCUGGAGGAAACGAGGAUAGUUGCUUCAUUAUCGACAUGGAAACAGGAAUGUUAAAAAUUUUAUCUCCACUUGACCAUGAAACAACAGACAGAUACACCCUGAAUAUUACUGUUUAUGACCUUGGUAUACCCCAGAAGGCUACUUGGCGUCUUCUAGAUAUCAGAAUUCUGGAUGCCAAUGAUAAUCCACCCGAGUUUUUACAAGAGAGCUACUUUGUUGAAGUGAGUGAAGACAAGGAGUUAAACAGUGAAAUCAUCCAGGUGGAAGCCACAGAUAAAGAUCUUGGGCCCAGUGGACAAGUGACAUACUCUCUGCUUACAGACACAGAUAAGUUUUCCAUUGACAGCAUGACUGGCGUUGUUAAAAUCGUCCGCCCUUUGGAUCGUGAAGCACAGCACGUGCACUACUUGAAGAUUGAAGCCAGGGAUCAAGCCAGAGAAGAACCCCAGUUGCUUUCCACUGUACUUUUGAAAGUGUCAUUAGAAGAUGUUAAUGACAACCCGCCUAAGUUUAUUCCACCUAAUUACCGUGUGAAAGUGCGAGAGGACCUUCCAGAAGGAACCAUAAUCAUGUGGUUAGAGGCCUCUGAUCCUGAUGUGGGUCAGUCAGGUCAGGUGAGGUACAGUCUGAUGGACCACGGAGAGGGAAACUUUGAUGUUGAUAAACUCAGUGGAGCAGUUAGAAUCGUGAAGCAGUUGGACUUUGAGAAGAAGCAAGUGUAUAAUCUGACUGUAAGGGCCAAAGACAAAGGGAAACCAGUUUCUCUGUCUUCGACUUGCUAUGUUGAAGUUGAGGUAAUUGAUGUGAAUGAGAACUUACACCCACCAGUGUUUUCCAGCUUCGUGGAAAAGGGUGCAGUGAAAGAAGAUGUCCCUAUUGGUUCAUCAGUAAUGUCAGUGUCAGCUCAUGAUGAGGACACAGGAAGAGAUGGGGAGAUCCGCUAUUCCAUUAGAGAUGGUUCUGGGGUUGGUGUUUUCAAGAUCAAUGAGGAAACAGGUGUCAUAGAGACUUCAGAUCGACUGGACCGUGAGUCAACCUCUCAUUACUGGCUAACAGUCUAUGCAACCGAUCAGGGCGUUGUGCCUCUUUCGUCAUUUAUAGAAAUCUUCAUAGAGGUUGAAGAUGUCAAUGACAAUGCACCACAGACAUCAGAGCCUGUUUAUUAUCCAGAGAUAAUGGAAAAUUCUCCCAAGGAUGUAUCUGUAGUCCAGAUUGAGGCAUUUGAUCCAGAUUCUACCUCUGAUGACAAGCUGACGUACAAAAUCACAAGUGGAAAUCCACAAGGAUUCUUUUUAAUACAUCCCAAAACAGGCCUUAUCACAACUACAUCAAGGAAACUAGACCGAGAGCAACAAGAUGAACACAUAUUAGAAGUUACUAUCACAGACAAUGGUAGUCCACCCAGAUCAACAAUUGCAAGAGUAAUUGUGAAAAUUCUUGAUGAAAACGACAACAAACCUCAGUUCCUGCAAAAGUUCUACAAAAUCAGACUCCCAGAGCGGGAAAAACCAGAACGAGAAAGAAAUGCCAAGCGAGAGCCUAUAUAUCGUGUUAUAGCCACAGACAAAGAUGAAGGCCCCAACGCAGAAAUCUCCUACAGCCUUGAAGAGGGAAAUGAGCACGGCAAAUUUUUUAUUGAACCAAAAACUGGAGUGGUUUCGUCAAAGAAGUUUUCUGGAGCUGGAGAAUAUGAUAUUCUUUCAAUUAAGGCAGUUGAUAAUGGUCGCCCUCAAAAGUCAUCAACCACUCGGCUCCAUAUUGAAUGGAUCUCAAAACCCAAACCAUCCCUGGAGCCAAUUUCAUUUGAAGAAUCAUUUUUUACCUUUACUGUAAUGGAAAGUGAUCCAGUUGCUCACAUGAUUGGAGUAAUAGCUGUUGAGCCCCUUGGCAUACCUCUUUGGUUUGACAUCAUUGGUGGAAACUACGACAGCCACUUUGACGUGGACAAAGGCACCGGAACCAUUAUCGUUGCCAAACCCCUUGAUGCAGAACAGAAGUCAAACUAUAACCUUACAGUAGAGGCUACAGACGGAACAACAACUAUACUUACUCAGGUAUUCAUCAAAGUAAUAGACACAAAUGACCAUCGUCCUCAGUUUUCUACAUCAAAAUAUGAAAUUGUUAUUCCUGAAGAUACAGUGCCAGAAACAGAAAUUUUGCAGAUUAGUGCUGUGGAUAAGGAUGAGAAAAACAAACUAAUCUAUACUCUUCAGAGUAGUAGUGAUCCAUUGAGUCUCAAGAAAUUUCGUCUUGAUCCUGCAACCGGCUCUCUCUACACUUCCGAAACACUUGACCACGAAGGCAUUCACCAGCAUGUCCUCACGGUGAUGGUACGGGAUCAAGAUGUCCCCGUAAAGCGCAACUUUGCAAGGAUUGUUGUUAAUGUCAGUGACACGAACGAUCACGCCCCGUGGUUCACCAGUCCCUCCUACGAAGGACGAGUUUAUGAAUCAGCGGCUGUUGGCUCAGUUGUGUUGCACGUUACUGCUCUGGACAAGGACAAAGGGGAAAAUGCUGAAGUGGUAUAUUCUAUUGAAUCAGGAAAUAUUGGAAAUUCUUUCACAAUUGAGCCCAUCUUGGGCUCUAUAAAAACUGCCAAAGAAUUAGAUCGAAGUAACCAAGUGGAAUAUGAUUUAAUGAUAAAAGCUACAGAUAAAGGCAAUCCUCCAAUGAGUGAAAUAACUUCUGUGCACAUCUUUGUCACAAUUGCUGACAAUGCCUCUCCGAAGUUUACAUCAAAAGAAUACUCUUUUGAAAUUAGUGAGACUAUCAGAAUUGGGAGUUUUGUUGGAUUGGUUACAGCCCAUAGCCAAUCAUCAGUGGUAUAUGAAAUAAAAGAUGGAAAUAUAGAUGAUGCUUUUGAUAUUAAUCCACAUUCUGGAGGUAUCAUUGUCCAGAAAUCCCUGGAUUUUGAAACUUUGCCCAUUUAUACAUUGAUAAUACAAGGAACUAACAUGGCUGGCUUGUCUACUAAUACAACUGUUCUAGUGCAUCUGCAAGAUGAAAAUGACAACUUGCCAAUUUUUAUGCAAGAAGAAUAUACAGGACUCAUUAGUGAAUCUGCUUCAGUCAACAGUGUGGUCCUAACAGACAGGAAUGUCCCAUUAGUGAUUCGAGCAACUGAUGCUGACAAAGAAUCAAAUGCUUUGCUUGUUUAUCACAUUGUUGAGCCAUCUGUACACAAAUACUUUGCCAUUGAUUCUAGCACUGGUGCUAUUCAUACAGUACUAAGUUUGGAUUAUGAGGAAACAAGUAUUUUUCACUUUACUGUGCAAGUGCAUGACAUGGGAACACCACGUUUGUUUGCUGAAUAUGCAGCUAAUGUGACUAUACGUGUAGUUGACAUUAAUGAUUGCCCUCCUGUAUUUUCCAAAUCAUUAUAUGAAGCAUCUCUUCUGUUACCAACCUACAAAGGAGUAAAAGUCAUCACAGUAAACGCAACAGAUGCUGAUUCAAGUGCAUUUUCGCAGUUAAUGUACUCCAUCACCGAAGGCAAUAUUGGGGAGAAAUUUUUGAUGGACUAUAAGACUGGUACUAUAACUGUACAAAAUACAACUCAGUUAAGAAGCCGUUAUGAGUUAACCAUUAGAGCUUCUGAUGGCAGAUUUACAAGCUUUACCUCUGUGAAAAUUAAUGUGAAAGAAAGCAGAGAAAGUCAGCUAAAGUUUACUCAGGAUAUUUACUCUGCAGUGGUGAAAGAGAAUUCCACUGAAGUCAAAACAUUAGCUGUCAUUACUGCCAUUGGGAAUCCAAUCAACAAGCCUCUGUUCUAUCACAUCCUCAACCCUGAUCACAGAUUUAAAAUAAGCCGCACUUCAGGAGUACUUUCAACCACUGGCAUACCCUUUGAUCGUGAACAACAAGAGGCAUUUGAUGUGGUGGUUGAAGUGACAGAAGAACAGAAGCCUUCAGCAGUUGCCCACGUGGUUGUGAAAGUCCUUGUAGAAGACCAAAAUGAUAAUGCACCAGUGUUUGUCAACCUUCCUUACUAUGCUGUAGUUAAAGUGGAUGCUGAGGUGGGGCAUGUUAUUCGCUAUGUUACGGCUGUGGACAGAGAUGGUGGCAGAAACGGGGAAGUGCAUUAUUACCUUAAAGAACAUCACGAACACUUUCAGAUUGGAUCCUCUGGCGAAAUUUCCCUGAAAAAGCAAUUUGAACCUGACACCUUAAAUAAAGAGUAUCUUGUCACAGUGGUUGCAAAAGAUGGAGGAAACCCAGCCUUUUCAGCUGAGGUUAUAGUUCCAAUCACUGUAAUGAAUAAGGCCAUGCCUGUGUUUGAAAAGCCUUUCUACAGUGCAGAGAUUCCUGAGAAUAUCCAGAUGCACAGCCCAGUUGUCCACAUACAAGCCAACAGUCCAGAAGGGUUGAAAGUAUUCUAUAGCAUCAUGGAUGGAGAUCCUUUCAGCCAGUUCACUAUUAACUUCAACACUGGGGUUAUACAUGUCAUAGCCCCACUGGACUUUGAGUCCCACCCAGCAUAUAAACUGAGCAUACAAGCAACGGACUCCUUGACUGGUGCUCGUGCUGAAGUAUUUGUUGACAUAAUAGUAGAAGACAUCAACGAUAAUCCUCCCGUGUUUGUUCAGCAGUCUUAUGCUGCAACCCUUUCUGAGGCUUCUGUAAUUGGCACAUCUGUUGUUCAAGUGAGGGCAACAGAUUCUGAUUCGGAACCAAAUAGAAGCAUCUCCUACCAGAUGUCUGGGAAUCGUAGCAAGAGUCAUGAUCAUUUUCACAUAGAUAGCAGCACUGGUCUCAUUUCACUAGUCAGGACUUUGGAUUAUGAACAGUUCCAGCAGCACAAGAUUUUUAUAAGGGCUGUCGAUGGUGGCAUGCCCCCACUGAGCAGUGAUGUGAUUGUCACAGUGCACGUCACUGACCUCAAUGAUAACCCGCCACUGUUUGACCAGCAGAUUUAUGAAGCCAAAAUUAGUGAGCAUGCUGCUCACGGGCAUUUUGUGACCUGCGUGAAAGCCUAUGAUGCAGACGGUUCAGACGUAGACAAAUUGGAGUACUCCAUUCUGGCUGGCAGUGAUCAUAAGAAUUUUGUCAUCGACAGUAAGACGGGGAUUAUCACACUCUCAAACCUGCGCCGGCACACCUUGAAGCCAUUUUACAGGUUUAAUGUUUCUGCUUCUGAUGGAGUCUUCAGAAGUUCAGCUCAGGUUCAGGUAACUGUAAUUGGGGGAAAUUUGCACAGUCCUGUUUUUCUUCAGAGUGAAUAUGAAGUGGAACUAGCUGAAAAUGCUCCCUUACACACCCUGGUGACAGAGGUUAAAGCAACCGAUGGGGAUUCUGGUAUUUAUGGCCACAUUACUUACCAGAUUGUAAAUGACUUUGCCAAAGACAGAUUUUACACAAAUGAGAGAGGACAGGUCUUUACUUCAGAAAAACUUGAUCGAGAAACUGCAGCGGAGAAAGUAAUCCCAGUGCGUUUAAUUGCUAAGGAUGCUGGAGGAAAAGUUGCUUUCUGCACUGUUAAUGUCAUCCUUACAGAUGACAAUGAUAAUGCACCACAAUUUCGAGCAACCAAGUACGAAGUGAACAUUGGAUCCGAUGCUCCAAAAGGAACAUCGGUCAUUAAGGUCCUUGCAAGUGAUGCCGACGAGGGAUCCAAUGCUGAUGUCACUUAUGCCAUUGAAGCAGAUUCGGAAAGUGUUAAAGAGAAUUUGGAAAUAAACAGACUGUCUGGCAUAAUUACUACAAAGGAAAGCUUAAUUGGCUUAGAAAAUGAGCUCAUCACUUUCUUUGUUAGAGCAGUAGAUCACGGAUCACCACCCAAAGAAUCUGUUGUUCCUGUCUAUGUUAAAAUACUUCCCCCAGAAAUGCAGCUUCCAAAAUUCUCAGAACCAUUUUACACCUAUACAGUUUCAGAAGACAUGCCUAUUGGAACAGAAAUAGAUGUCAUCCAGGCAGAACAUAGUGAGACUGUUCUUUACAGCCUCAUCAAAGGGAAUACCCCUGAGAGUAACAGGGAUGAAUUCUUUGUGAUUGACAAGCAGAGUGGGAGACUCAAACUGGAGAAGAGCCUUGACCAUGAGACAACGAAGUGGUAUCAGUUUUCCAUACUUGUCCGUUGCACUCACGAUGACUUUGAGGUGAUGGCUUCUGUAGAUGUUAGUAUCCAAGUGAAAGAUGCAAAUGAUAACAGUCCUGUCUUAGAGUCUAAUCCAUAUGAGGCAUUUGUUGUUGAAAAUCUGCCUGGGGGAAGCAGAGUCAUCCAGAUGAGGGCAUCUGAUCUAGACUCUGGAACCAAUGGCCAAGUUAUGUAUAGUCUAGAUCAGGCACAGAGUGUAGACGUCAUUGAGUCUUUUGCCAUCAACAUGGAAACAGGCUGGAUUACAACCCUGAGGGAACUCGACCAUGAAAAGAAAGACAGUUACCAGAUUAGAGUGGUGGCCUCCGAUCAUGGAGAAAAGGUGCAGCUGUCCUCCACAGCCGUCGUGGAUGUUACUGUCACUGAUGUCAAUGACAAUCCACCACGAUUCACGGCAGAGAUUUAUAAAGGGACUGUGAGUGAAGAUGACUUACCAGGUGGUAUAAUCGCCAUCUUAAGUACCACAGACGCUGAUUCAGAAGAGAUUAACAGACAAGUUACAUAUUACAUAACAGGAGGGGAUCCUUUGGGACAGUUUGGUAUUGAAAAUGUACAGAAUGAAUGGAAGGUCUAUGUGAAGAAGCCUCUGGAUAGGGAAAAAAGGGACAAUUAUCUUCUGACUAUCACAGCAACUGAUGGGACCUUCUCAUCUAAAGCAAUAGUCGAAGUGAAAGUUCUUGAUGCAAAUGACAACAGUCCAGUUUGUGAAAAGACUUUAUAUUCAGACUCAAUUCCAGAAGACACCCUUCCUGGGAAAUUGAUCAUGCAAGUCUCUGCUACAGAUGCAGAUAUCCGUUCCAACGCUGAAAUUACUUAUGCAUUAUUUGGUCCAGGUGCAGAAAAAUUCACACUAAAUCCAGACACAGGGGAACUAAAAACAUUAGCCCCUCUUGACCGUGAGGAGCAAGCCGUGUAUAACCUUCUGGUCAAGGCCACAGAUGGAGGUGGAAGAUUCUGUCAAGCUAAUGUUGUGCUCACAUUAGAGGAUGUGAAUGAUAAUGCCCCUGAAUUCUCUGCUGAUCCUUACACAAUUACCGUGUUUGAAAACACAGAGCCUGGGACUCCGCUGAUGAGAGUGCAGGCCACAGAUGCAGAUGAAGGGUUAAAUCGAAAGAUUUCCUAUUCACUGAUUAACUCUGCUGAUGGGCAGUUCUCCAUUAAUGAAUUAUCUGGAAUUAUUCAUCUUGAGAAGCCUUUGGAUCGAGAACUGCAGGCAGUAUACACUCUUACUUUGAAAGCUGUAGAUCAAGGUUUGCCAAGGAGGUUGACAACUACUGGCAUCAUUGUUGUAUCGGUUUUGGAUAUAAAUGACAACCCACCAGUAUUUGAAUAUCGUGAAUAUGGUGCCACGGUGUCUGAGGACAUUCUCAUUGGAACAGAAGUUCUUCAGGUAUAUGCAGCAAGUCGAGACAUUGAAGCAAAUGCUGAAGUCACCUACUCAAUAAUAAGUGGAAAUGAACAUGGGAAAUUCAGCAUAGAUGCAAGAACAGGGGCCAUAUUCAUCAUCGAGAAUCUGGAUUAUGAAAGCUCUCAUGAGUAUUACCUGACUGUGGAAGCCACAGAUGGAGGCACACCUCCGCUGAGUGAUGUCGCAACCGUGAGCGUUAACGUCACUGAUAUCAAUGAUAAUUCGCCAGAGUUCAGCCAGGACACCUACACAGCAGUCAUCAGCGAAGAUGCUGUUCUUGAACAGUCUGUCCUCACUGUUAUGGCUGAUGAUGCUGAUGGACCUUCAUAUAGCCACAUCCACUAUUCAAUUGUAGACGGCAAUCAGGGAAGCCCAUUUACCAUCGACCCUGUCAAGGGAGAAGUGAAAGUGACCAAACCACUAGACCGGGAAACAGUUUCAGGUUACACACUCACCAUUCAAGCUUCUGAUAAUGGCAACCCUCCCCGAGUCAACAUGACCACCGUGAACAUCGACGUGUCUGAUGUCAACGACAAUCCUCCAGUCUUCUCCAAGGAGAACUACAGCGUGAUCAUCCAGGAAAAUAAGCCUGUGGGUGUCAGUGUACUACAGCUAGUGGUAACCGACAAGGAUUCUUCCCAUAAUGGCCCACCGUUCUUCUUUAGUAUUGAGAGUGGAAAUGAUGACAAAGCAUUUGAAGUCAACCAGCAGGGAGUCCUUCUGACUUCAGCUGCCAUAAAGAGAAAUGUGAAAGAUCAUUACUUAUUGCAUGUGAAGGUGGCAGAUAAUGGAAAACCUCAGUUGUCUUCUUUGACAUAUAUUGACAUUAGGGUUAUUGAAGAGAGCAUCUAUCCACCUGCAAUUUUGCCACUAGAAAUUUUCAUUACUGCUUUUGGAGAGGAAUACUCAGGUGGUGUCAUUGGAAAGAUUCAUGCAACAGACCAGGAUGUAUAUGACACUUUAACCUAUAGUCUUGAUCCCCAGAUGGACAACCUGUUUUCUGUUUCCAGCACAGGCGGUAAGCUGAUAGCGCACAAAAAGCUCGAUAUAGGCCAGUACCUGCUGAAUGUCAGUGUAACAGAUGGAAAAUUUACAACAGUGGCCGACAUCACAGUGCACAUCAAACAGAUAACGCAGGAGAUGUUGAACCACACCAUUGCUAUCCGCUUUGCCAAUCUUACUCCUGAAGAAUUUGUUGGUGACUAUUGGCGCAACUUCCAGCGAGCUCUACGGAAUAUCUUGGGUGUGAGAAGGAGUGACAUACAGAUUGUUAGUUUGCAGCCCUCUGAACCCCAGUCGCAUCUGGAUGUCUUACUUUUUGUAGAGAAAUCAGGUAGUGCCCAGGUUUCCACAAAAAUUCUCUUGCACAAGGUUAAUUCUUCUGUGACUGAUAUUGAGGAAAUUAUUGGAGUUAGGAUAGUGAACGUAUUCCAGAAGCUCUGUGCGGGAUUGGAUUGCCCAUGGAAAUUCUGUGACGAAAAGUUGUCUGUGGAUGAAAAUGUUAUGUCAACGCAUAGCACAGCCAGACUAAGUUUUGUGACUCCCCGCCACCGUAGAACAGCUGUGUGUCUCUGCAAAGAGGGAAAAUGCCCACUUGUCCACCAUGGAUGUGAAUACAAUGUGUGCCCCGAGGGAUCUGAAUGUAUCACUGAUCCAAGAGAGGACAAAUACACCUGUGUGUGCCCCGGUGGCAAGUUUGAUCAGUGCCCAGGGGAUUCUUCUGUAACAUUUACUGGGAACAGCUUUGUGAAAUACCGUCUAAAAGAAAAUGAAAACAAGUUGGAGAUGAAAUUGACAAUGAGGCUCAGAACAUAUUCUACUCAUGCAGUUGUAAUGUAUGCUCGAGGAACUGAUUAUAGUAUCUUGGAGAUUCAUAAUGGACGACUACAGUACAAAUUUGACUGUGGAAGUGGCCCUGGGAUUGUCUCUGUUCAGAGCAUUCAAGUCAAUGAUGGUCAGUGGCAUGCAGUGUCCCUUGAAGUGAAUGGAAACUAUGCUAGAUUGGUACUAGACCAAGUCCACACUGCAUCGGGCACCGCCCCUGGGACCCUGAAAACCCUGAACCUGGAUAACUAUCUGUUUUUUGGUGGCCACAUCCGGCAGCAAGGCACAAGGCAUGGAAGAAGCCCUCACGUGGGUAAUGGUUUCAGGGGUUGUAUGGACUCCAUUUAUUUGAAUGGGCAGGAGCUCCCUUUGACUAGCAAGCCGAGAAGCUACGCGCACAUUGAAGAAUCAGUGGAAGUGUCUCCUGGCUGCCUACUGACAGCUACAGAAGACUGCUCAAGCAACCCCUGCCAGAACGGAGGCAUCUGCAAUCCAUCACCUACUGGAGGUUAUUACUGCAAAUGCAGUGCCCUGUAUGUGGGGAUGUAUUGUGAGCUGAGUGUCAACCCAUGUUCCUCCAAUCCUUGCCUUUAUGGCGGCACAUGCAUCGUAGACAACGGAGACUUUGUCUGCCACUGUAGAGGAUUGUAUACUGGCCAGAGAUGUCACCUGAGUCCAUACUGCAAAGAUGAACCCUGCAAGAAUGGUGGAACAUGUUUUGAUAGUUUGGAUGGUGCUGUUUGUCAGUGUGACUCAGGUUUUAGGGGAGAAAGGUGUCAGAGCGACAUCGACGAAUGUGCUGGAAACCCCUGCCGCAACGGGGCCCUCUGUGAGAACACGCACGGCUCCUAUCACUGUAACUGCAGCCACGAGUACAAAGGAAAGCACUGCGAGGACAUGGCUCCCAAUCAGUAUGUGUCAACUCCGUGGAAUAUUGGAUUGGCUGAAGGAAUCGGAAUUGCAGUUUUUAUAACAGGGAUAUUUUUACUGGUGUUGGUGUUUGUUCUCUGCCGCAAAAUGAUUAGUCGAAAGAAGAAACACCAGGCUGAACCUGAAGACAAACACAUGGGACCAACCGCGGCUUUCUUGCAGAGACCAUAUUUUGAUUCAAAGCUAAAUAAGAACAUUUACUCAGACAUACCACCCCAGGUACCUGUGCGUCCUAUUUCCUACACACCAAGCAUUCCAAGUGACUCCAGAAACAAUCUCGAUCGAAAUUCCUUUGAAGGAUCUGCUAUCCCAGAACAUCCAGAGUUCAGCACUUUUAACCCUGAGUCUGUGCAUGGACACCGAAAAGCAGUGGCGGUCUGCAGCGUGGCCCCAAACUUGCCUCCCCCGCCUCCUUCAAACUCUCCUUCUGACAGUGACUCCAUACAGAAGCCCAACUGGGACUUUGAUUAUGAUACUAAAGUAGUAGAUCUUGAUCCCUGUCUUUCCAAGAAGCCUCUGGAGGAAAAGCCUUCUCUUCCAUACAGUGCCCGAGAAAGCCUGUCUGAAGUGCAGUCCCUUAGCUCCUUUCAGUCUGAAUCGUGUGAUGACAAUGAAUCUUUGGCUGCUCCUGACCUCAGCAAAUCAAGAGGGUAUCACUGGGAUACAUCGGAUUGGAUGCCAAGUGUUCCUCUGCCAGUUAUACAAGAGUUCCCCAAUUAUGAGAUUAUUGAUGAGCAAACACCUCUGUACUCAGCAGACCCAAAUGCCAUCGAUACAGACUAUUAUCCUGGAGGUUAUGACAUUGAAAGUGAUUUUCCACCACCCCCAGAAGACUUCCCCGUGCCUGAUGAACUACCACCCUUACCUCCAGAGUUCAGCGAUCAGUUCGAAUCCAUACACCCUCCUAGAGACAUGCCUGCCACUGCUAAUCUGAGUUCUUCAAUGAGAAACCGGCAGAGAUUCCACUUGAAUCACUAUCUGCCCAAUUUCUAUCCCGUCGAUAUGUCUGAACCUCAAAAAACAGGUGCUGGUGAGAAUAGUACUUGUAGAGACACUUACACCCCUUACCCUCCAGGGUAUCAGAGAAACUUUGAAGCCCCCACUGUAGAAAACAUGCCCAUGUCUCUGUACACCUCCACGGCUUCCUGCUCUGAUGUGUCAGCGUGCUGUGAAGUGGAGUCUGAGGUCAUGAUGAGUGACUACGAGAGUGGAGACGACGGCCACUUCGAAGAGGUGACGAUUCCUCCGCUAGAUUCACAACAUACGGAAGUGUGACUCUCAAACUCCCCCCAAAGUGCCUGGACUUUAAUGAACCUAGAGAUUAUAUAAAUAAUCUUCUGCAAUGUUCUUCGCAGCAGUGCUUAAGCCUUUUUUUCCUUUUUCUGGUGAGCUAAAGUGGGCAUGGCUACACUGAAUCACACUUCUUGACAUUAGCCAUUUCUGGUAUCCUAACCUACUGUAAUUGGAUGAGAUUUACAUUGGCUGUGCCAUUUCUGAACAUUUUUUGUAUUCACAUUUGUCUGUGUUAAAUAAUGAAACAAAAAUCUGUCCUACCAUCUUGUUAGCAUGAUUCAUGUAUUUAUAUAGAUUUGAUGAUUUUAAUUUUCCUGUCCUUUUUUUUUUGUAAAUUUUAUGUACAGAUUUGAUUUUUCAUAGUUUUAACUAGAUUUUCAAGAUAUUUUGUGCAUUUGUUUUCGACUGAAUUUUGGUGGUGUUAGCGUGUCAUUACCUAGCACCCUGAUUUUUUAAUAUAACCAGGGUUUCAUUAUAUGUUCUUUUCCUCUGAGCUGUGACAUUUCAAUGUAGUCAUUCAUUUUGAGCUGUACAUAGGGUGAGGAAAGAUUUGAUACAUGGAUAUGUCUUAAAUGGGUUGCUGUAUUUUAGAAAUAUAAACAUUUUUCAUUAUUGGAAAGUGUACUGCAGACCUUCUGCAUACCUAUUUAGAACCAAAACCGCCAUGACACAGUUUUUAUAGUGUCUGUAUAUUUGUGAUGCAAUGGUCUUGUAAAGGUUUUUACUGAAAACUACCAUUAGCCAGUCUUUCUUACUGACAAUAAAUUAUUAAUAAAACA